ACAGCAGCGUCCCAAGUGAAGUGUAGUGUGUACACCCAACCAAAAACCCAACCUCUCCUCACCGAAAGCAACCAAACCAAAAACCCCUCCUCCUCCAUGCUUUCCUCGCCUUGAUUAAUCCCGUGCUCCGGCGAGCUAAUUAACCCUACAAAUUAAUAAUUACUACCUCGCUUUGAGCAGUUGACCUGUGUGCUUCUUUGUGGAUUAAACUCUCGUCGUUAGCGAUGGAUCAUUCCGCCGCCGCCAUGGCGAACAAGCCGUCGCUCGCCGUCGCGGCGGCGUCGCGGCAGAGGUGGGCGCUGGCCACCUCGCUCUGCGCGCUCCUCUGCCUCUCCCUCGUCGUCUCCGCCGGCCUCCUCCUCCUCGGCUCGACGCGCCCGUUCCGCCGGCCGCUCUUCGCGGCGCCGCAGCAGCAGCGGGAGGUGGUCGGGGAGGCGCCGUGGGAGAGGUACGUCAAGCUGGCGCAAGCGGCGUCGCCGGGCGGUGCCCGUGAUCGCGCGCCUGAUCUUGGCGGGGAUGAGGGGGCGGAGGGGGACGACGAUGAUGCCAUCAGCACCGCACCGGCGCCGGCGCCUUCGCCGGCCGCCGAGGAGGGAGGAGAUGAGGAGAGCUGCGACCUGUUCCAGGGGCGGUGGGUGCGCGACGGCGCGGCGGCGGGGGGCUACCCGCUGUACGAGGCGGCGGAGUGCCCGUUCCUGAGCGACCAGGUGACGUGCCGGCGGAACGGGCGGCCGGACGCCGAGUACGAGCAGUGGCGAUGGGAGCCGCGAGGGUGCGGCGGCGGCGGCGGCGGCGGCGGCGGGAGUAGGGAGGCGGCGCUGGCGCUAGCGCUGGAGCAGUGCCGGAACCGGAGGGUGGUGUUCGUCGGCGACUCGCUGAACCGCAACAUGUGGGAGUCGCUCGCCUGCCUCCUCUACACCGCCGUGCCCGACCGCUCGCGGUCGCGCGUCCUCGACGUCGCCUCCGACUACAGGAUCUUCCGCGCCAUGGACUACAACUGCUCGGUGGAGUUCUUCUGGAGCCCGUUCCUGGUGACGCUCGAGACGAAGCAGGACCGGACGAGGGCGCUCAAGCUUGACCAGCUCCCGGCUACGCUGGAGAAGCUGCGCGGCGCCGACGUCCUCGUCUUCAACACCGGCCACUGGUGGACCCACACCGGCAACCUCAGAGCGUGGGACCAUCUGGAGGCGGACGGGAAGCCGGUCGAGAUGGGAGGCGAGGAGGCGUUCAACCAGGCACUUGGGACAUGGGCGAGCUGGGUCGACCAAAACGUGGACUCGGCCAGGACCAGGGUCUUCUUCCGAAGCAUCUCCCCAGAACACAAGAGCGAAAACUGGUGCUACAACCAGACGUCCCCAAUCACGGACGAGACGAAGAUCGUCCCAUGGUUCCCGAGGGGCCUGGUGUCCAUCGUCGAGAGGAACAUCCGGAGCACGAGGACGCCCGUCACGUACCUCAACAUCACCCGCCUCUCCGAGCUCCGGGUCGACGCGCAUCCGUCGGUGUACACCAUCACCAGGGAAGGGAAGCCCCUGAGCACGGAGCAGCGGCAACAGCCGCUGGUGUACGCUGACUGUAGCCACUGGUGCUUACCGGGGCUGCCUGAUACCUGGAACCUGCUCUUGCUUGCCUCCUUGGCGAGGUCUCCAGUUAAUGUACACUAGCUUAGGAUAAAAGAGAUAAUACACAGUUUUGCAGCUUUGCAAUUCCUGGUAAUGAAUGGCACAGCUGAGGAUAAACUAAA